CAUCCACCUCUCUCUCUCCCCGGUAUUUAUCACACUAUAAACGAAUCCGAACUCCAUGAUGUUCCCUUCUCCCUCUCUUCAUCGCCCCUUUUCUUGCUUCGAUCUCGUGUUUUUAUUCCCCUUAACAAACUAAACAUCCAAAUUUAAAUCCCCACCAAUCACAGCCCAUACUCGUCCCCCCCAAAAAAAUAAAAAAUAAAAACCAAACUAGUAGUAAAUAUUAAAUGAACAUGAAAGGUGAAUACGUAGAACGUCAUCAAGCAAAGCAUGAAAAUACUCCAAACAUGUUCUCCGAGCUCAACCCUCACCACCAACACCUUCCCUUUUCCCAACACUUUCAACUCUCUCGUGAAUCCGAAGAGGAAGAUACUCGUAGUACUGGUGCCGCCACAACACCAAAUCCCAUCCCCAUCUCCCAAAAACUCAACGAAUUUAACAGCAGCGGUGGCACUGACGGUGCUACUAUUGAAGUAGUUCGUCGGCCCAGAGGCAGACCGCCCGGUUCAAAGAACAAACCCAAACCACCCGUUAUUAUAACCCGGGAACCUGAACCAGCUAUGAGUCCUUACAUCCUAGAAGUCCCGGGUGGAAACGACGUCGUUGAAGCCCUGUCCCGUUUCUGUCGCCGAAAAAACAUGGGAAUCUGCGUUCUUACAGGAACCGGCACGGUCGCUAACGUCACUCUGCGUCAGCCAUCGACAACACCAGGAACUACUAUCACUUUUCAUGGAAGAUUUGAUAUUUUGUCAAUUUCGGCGACUUUUUUGCCUCAAACAACGUCCUAUCCACUGCCUAAUAGUUUUACCAUUUCGCUUGCGGGUCCACAGGGGCAGAUCGUCGGAGGGAUUGUUGCUGGAGGUUUGGUGGCUGCUGGUACUGUUUUUGUUGUAGCGGCUUCGUUUAAUAAUCCGAGUUAUCACCGGUUGCAGGUUGAGGAGGAAGGGAGGAAUUCUGGGUCUGGUGGUGGUGGUGGUGGGGGGGAAGGGCGAUCGCCUGUGUCGGGUGCAGGUGGGGGAGAAAGUGGACACGCGGCAAGUGGAGGAGGAGGAGGAGAGUCUUGUGGGAUGGCUAUGUAUAGUUGUCAUUUGCCUGCUAAUGAUGUGAUUUGGGCGCCCAGCGCCAGGCAGCCGCCACCAUCGCCUUAUUAAUGUGAAUUAUCAUGCAGAUGAUCAGGGUCAAUCAAUAUUUUAUUUCAGCUUUUAGGAAGUUUGAUUAUGUAGAAUUUAUUUUCUUUUUUUUUUUUUUAAUUUGAGUUUUUCUCUGUAUAUGUUAACCGAGUCGUUAAGUAGCUGUUUUAGUUUCAAUGGAACGAGAGAGGAACAGUGCUGCUAGUUUUCUUACCUUUUAGCAAAGUGGUAAUCUUCCUUUUUUUUCUUUUAAAGAAAUGGGAAGUGAAGUGCAUAAAGAAACUGACUGGUGUGUGGUGUAAGGGCGGCAUGCAUGUCAAAAUCAUGAGUAACUUCUGUUUUACAUGGUGGGAUUUAACGAGGGCAUGUUUGCUUCGAAGUUUGACAUGGUGGUGAAGCAAUUUAUCUCCGCCAUCUGCUGCGGUAGAUAUGAGCUGGCUGCUGCUUUCUGCUCUGAAGAAACUGCAUCGCUGGAUAAAAAGAUGAUUGUUCUGCUCGAUUGAUAUCUUGCCGCUUAGGUUCUUGAUUAAUGAAGCGUAUGCCAGUAGGUAACGGGGCUAGGGCUGAUGCUUUUAUCCAAUACUUUUUUUAUUUUUUUGCUCGAAACCCACUUUAAUCUCUUUCUUUUCCCGUCUUUUCUUCUUUGAUCCAUUUGUACUUUGUUUUGUCUCUUUCUA